AUGUGCAAGCCGGGCCAUACACCUGGCCUCGGCCAGCUGCAUCUGCAUUCCCGGGCGGUCGUUGGCGCUUGCGACGGCGACGCCGACUGCGCCGACGACGAGGACGAGCUGGAGUGCGGCGAGGACGACGAGGACGGCGCGGCCGCCGCCGCCGCCGCCGAGCUGGAGGCCGCCUGCUUGCCCUCCGAGGACAACGCGCUGUGCCCGCGCACCGGCAAGUGCAUCAAGCAGGACUGGAUCUGCGACGGCGAGGACGACUGCGGCGACUUCUCCGACGAGACGCGAUGCGAUGAACUGCACGGCGGACGAGUUCCAGUGCGACAACGGCUUGUGCGUGCGGCGGUCGUGGCGCUGCGACGGCGAGAACGACUGCAAGGACUACUCCGACGAGCAGAACUGCACGCGCAAGAUGGCGAACGCGAGGGCGAGGGCGAGGGCGAGCGCGAGGGCGAGCGCGAGGGCGAGCGCGAGGGCGAGCGCGAGGGCGAGCGCGAGGGCGAGUGCGAGGGCGAGUGCUGUGCGCCGUGUUGCAGGUCGUGCGCCGACAACGAGUUCCAGUGCUCGGACGGCAGCUGCAUCUCGCUCACCUGGAAGUGCGACCUGGAGCCCGACUGCUCCGACGCGUCGGACGAGCAGGAAUGCGCGGAGGUGGCGGCGCCGGCGUGCGGCGAGGGCGAGUUUCAGUGCGCGUCCCCGCGCUGCGUGCGCCACGAGUUCCGCUGCGACGGCGACGACGACUGCGGCGACUGGAGCGACGAGGACGACUGCCCGCGCGGCGCCGGCGGCAGCUGCGGCGCCGCCGACUUCAGGUGUGAUGGAGGGAAAUGCAUUUCUGAGAUGUGGCGAUGUGAUGGUGAGAAGGAUUGUGAUCAAGGAGAAGAUGAGGAGGGUUGUGCUGAAAAGGAACCAAGGACAUGCACUCCUGAAGAAUUCAGCUGUGGAACUGCAGGAAGUUGCAUACCAAAAACUUGGGUAUGUGAUGGAGUACAGGACUGUUCACAAGGGGAAGAUGAAAGUUCUUGUGAAGCUCAGUGUGAAAAAUCACAAUUUAGAUGUGGUUCCCUAAAUAACAAUGAAACAACUUCACGAUCAGUGGUAACAUGCAUUGGCAAAAAACAUGUAUGUGAUGGGAAGAAAGAUUGCCCCAAAGGAGAAGAUGAGAAGAAUUGCCCACGAAAGAAGGAUUGUGAACCUGGUUCCAAAUGCCAACAAGAUUGUGUCACUUUACCAGAUGGAUCUGAUGGGUGCAGUUGCCAUCAAGGUUUUGCACUAAACAGUGACAACUACAGCUGUCAUGAUGUGAAUGAGUGCUUAUUUGAGACAGAUCCUGUGUGUAGCCAAACCUGUAACAAUACUGUGGGAUCAUUUACAUGUGGUUGCAUGACUGGAUAUGUAUUACGGCCUGAUGGCAGAACAUGCAAAGCUCUUGGUGCAGCCCCAACACUUCUCUUUGCAAAUAGGAUAGAUAUAAGACAAGUGAGCUUGAAUAGUGUAAAAUACACUGCAUUGUUGAAAGGUUUGCACAAUGCAAUUGCCCUUGAUUACCAUUACAGAGAGGGCUUGAUAUUUUGGUCUGAUGUCUCCAUGGAUGUUAUCAAGAGAGCAAGUUUAAAUGGUUCAGGAUCUGUUGAUAUUAUCCGCUGGGGUUUGGAGAGCCCAGGAGGAAUAGCAGUGGAUUGGAUACACAAUUUAAUGUUUUGGACCGACUCAGGAACAAGUCGUGUUGAAGUUGCAUCUCUUGAUGGUGUUCAUAGAUACAUUGUAGCCUCAAGUGACCUGGAUAAACCAAGAGCCAUUGUUGUCCACCCAGGAGAAGCUCUUAUAUUCUGGACAGAUUGGGGACCGAACCCAAAAAUUGAACAAGCUGAAAUGGAUGGAAGUAAUAGAAAAGCUAUUAUCACUGAAUUCCUAUUUUGGCCUAAUGGAUUGUGUAUAGAUUAUACAACGAGUCGUAUUUAUUGGGCAGAUGCUAAGCAUCAUGUUAUUGAAACUGCCAAGUUUGAUGGUUCCGAUAGAAAGAAGGUACUUAGUAAAGGGCUACAUCAUCCAUUUGCCUUGACAUUAUUUGAAGAUGCCAUUUACUGGACUGAUUGGCAUACGAAAAGUAUACAAACUGCUAAUAAAGUAACGGGUAUGGGAUUACGCACAAUUCAUUCUCGUCUACAUUUUCCAAUGGACAUCCACAGCUACCACCCACAACGCCAACCACUUUAUCAAAAUCGCUGUGGCAGCAACAAUGGUGGUUGUUCACAUAUGUGUCUACCAAACAGAUCUCCUGCUCGCUUUCAGUGUGUGUGUCCAAUGGGAAUAAAGCUUCAUUCUAAUGGGAAAACCUGUGAAUCUACACCUGAAAAACUUUUGUUGUUCGCCCGCAAGAAGGAUCUCCGCGUGAGGCAGUUAGGAGUCAGUCCAGAAAAGGCUGUGGACAUGGCAAUUCCUCUGGAUGGAAUUCAGUCUGCAGUAGCUUUGGCGUGGGACUCAGACACUGAUUCAAUAUUUUGGACUGAUGUUGAAGGAGAUAUUAUCAGUCGUGCAAACUUGAAUGGCAGCAAUGAAAGAGUGAUCAUUAGCUCAAACUUAGAAUCUCCAGCUGGCUUAGCUGUUGAUUGGGUUACAAAGAAAUUGUACUGGACUGAUGCUGGCACCAACCGAGUGGAAGUAUCGAAUCUUGAUGGAAGUAUGCGAGCUCUUCUUGUAUGGGAGGGUCUAGACAAGCCUAGAGAUAUUGUUGUAGACCCAAUAGGAGGUUACAUGUAUUGGAGUGAUUGGGGCCAUGUACCUAAAAUUGAAAGGGCAGGCAUGGAUGGAUCACAAAGAGCUCCUUUAAUAAUGCAACGUCUUGUUUGGCCCAAUGGUUUAGCCAUUGAUCAUGAGCAGGCUCAUUUGUACUGGGCAGAUGGAGGGACCAAAGCAAUAGAAUUUGCGUCUCUGGAUGGAAGUGGACGCACAACAUUAAUAGGAACAGACCUACCUCACCCUUUUGGUUUGGCUGUCUUUGAAGAUAAAAUAUAUUGGACUGAUUGGAAUACAACAAGUAUCCAUAUGGCUGAUAAAUUGACAGGAAAAAAUAAAACAGUGAUCAGGUCAGGAAUUUCAGGUUUAAUGGAUGUCAGAGUAUUUCAUCAUGGACGAGUACCUGUACAUACAAACUGCAGUUCCAGAAAUGGUGGUUGUUCACAUUUAUGUCUUCUUGCUCCAAAGCCACGAGGUUAUUCAUGUGCAUGUCCUAUCGGAAUUCAGUUAGGGAAAAAUCUGAAAACAUGUGCUCCUGGACCAACAAAUUCAUUAAUAUUUGCACAUAGAGUUGAUAUUCGACAGAUUUCUUUAGAUGUGUCUUAUACUGUUGAUGUUGUAUUACCUUUACCACCUCUAAAAAAUGCUAUUGCUGUGGACGUAGAUAGGAAAACUGGUGAGAUAUAUUGGACUGAUACUGCUGAAGAUGUUAUUCAAAAAGCUACACCUGAUGGUAAGAACAUUGAAACAGUAAUUGUGGAUGGACUAGAAACUGCAGAUGGAAUUGUUGUUGAUUCUACCGGACGCAAGAUUUAUUGGACAGACAAAGGUCGCAAGAGUAUUGAAGUUGCUGAGUUAGAUGGGCAAAAUAGAAAAGUUCUGGUUUGGAUGGAUUUAGAAUCACCAAGAGCAAUCACACUUCAUUAUCAUUUAGGUCUUAUGUAUUGGUCUGACUGGGGUAAAAAUGCUCGUAUAGAACAAGCACACAUGGAUGGCAAGAACAGAACAAUUCUUGUGUCUGAAAACUUGGGUUGGCCAAAUGGAUUGGCUAUUGACAGACCCGCAGGUCGCAUAUAUUGGUGUGAUGGCAAAAGAAAAACCAUUGAAAGUACUGAUUUAUCUGGUCAUGAUCGACAUGUCAUUGUAACUGAAGUACCACACCCCUACGGCCUGGUGAUUGUUGGGAGUCAUGUUUAUUGGACGGACUGGCACACUGAAGCUCUUCAUCGCGCUGACAAAAGAAAUGGCUCUGAAAGCAUUGUCAUCAGAGAUAAACUGGAAGGGCUCAUGGACAUUCGCUCUGUGCAGUAUUUAAAAAUAAAUUAUACUAUUGCUCCUGUAACAAAGAAACAAUUUUUGUAUUGUAAACAAAGGAUUGUUGACAACUUCAUGGAAAAUGCUUGCGGACCCAACAACGGAGGAUGCUCUCACCUCUGCCUGCGCCGACCAGAUGGCUUCUCGUGUGCUUGUCCCACGGGCACUUUGCUACGCGAGGAUGACCGCACGUGCAGCACGCCUCCAUCGAAAUACUUGCUAUUUGCCACUCGUAGCACCCUUGCCCGUGUUUCUUUGGAUACACCAGAACUUUGGGAUGUCACUUUACCAAUUCCAGAAGUGCAUAAUGCUAUAGCUGUGGAUUUCCAUUGGGGAAGGCAAAAGGUGUAUUACACUGAUGUGCAUUUAGAUAUUAUCAGGAGUGUGGAUAUGCACAAUUUGUCACAUACAGAAGUGAUUGUUUCAUCGAAUCUCACUACCCCUGAUGGAUUAGCAGUAGAUUGGAUAGCAGAUAAUAUUUAUUGGACAGAUGCUGGUCGAAAAGUUCUAGAAGUAGCAAGACUUGACGGAACAAGUAGAAAAACUGUAAUAUGGGAAGGACUAGAUGAACCACGGGCUCUUGCAAUUUUUCCUAGAAAAGGAUUCCUGUAUUGGACAGAUUGGGGUGAUAAUCCCAAGAUUGAACGGUCCAUGUUAGACGGUACAUCUCGUACUGUAGUUAUAAGCACUGAUCUAGGUUUUCCCAACGGCUUAGCUUUGGACUAUGAGGCACGGAGGCUUUAUUGGGUUGAUGCUCUUCGUGAUCGCAUAGAAACUUCUGAUUUAUAUGGGCUGAACAGGGUUCAGUUAGUGCCUGAAGCUACCCAUCCUUUUGGAUUAACACAGUAUGGAGAUCAUAUAUACUGGACAGACUGGUACAAAAAAUCAGUAGAACGAGCUGACAAAAGAACUGGAAAGGAUCGCAUUGUUAUUCGUACUGAUUUAGAUGGUGUAAUGGAGAUUCGAGCUGUUGCGGAAGGUAGACAAAUGGGAUGGACUCCUUGUGCAGUUAACAAUGGAGGAUGCUCUCAUCUAUGCUUCUACAGGCCCAAAGGAUAUGUUUGUGCCUGCCCUGAUAUUCCUGAUGAAAGGCAGUGUUCCAUUGAACCAAGUGUCAGAGUUCCUAAUACAAAUGCAAUUGAUUAUGAUAAUGAUACAGAAUUUUUACCACCUGUAACGCCACCAGAUAUGGGUGGCGCUACUCAUACAGUGGAAAUAGUAGAUAUGCCUACAGAUGAUUACAAGAGUAAAAACAGUAAAUCUGAUGGUGUCGGCAUUCCAUCACAUAUUAUCAUUAUCACGGGAGUUCUUCUGAGUCUUCUCAUCAUUGCCACAAUGACCAUGAUUCCUGAUCGAGUCUAUAACAUUCACGAUGAUAAACAAGUGACUGGCCCAGAAGUGGUGUCGCUUAUACCAGGUGUCAUGGCAUCUGGGAAUGAAGCCGCAACCCCUGAACGUGUGGCUACCCCCCCUCCCCCUCCCACACCCCCACAGAGGCUGGAUAGCAUUAACCUGAAGGCAGGCUGAGAACCAUUGGUGUGAUAGUUGGAGAAUGCCAUCCAAGCCACAGUCUAGGUAGGCAAACUGUAUGUUUGUACUAUUGUCAGUGUAUAUGAAAAAUUUAAGAACUUAAAAGUUGUAUUUCUACAUGCAGACUGUGGUCAUAGCCCCAUCCCUCUUUACUGGAUAUUAUUACAGUGAUUGCUGUUAGAUUGUUGAGCAAAUAGUUGUUUGUUACUCUUCAGGGAUUUGAUUCUUACAAAUAAUCUAAUAACAUAAUGAUGCAAAAUUUCCAUGCCUAUUUGCAUCUCAGAAAUGCUCAGUGAAGUGAGGAGAAAUUGUUUAAAUGACACCAUUUAUAAUGAUUUAGAUCAAAAAACAAAAUGUUUCUUUAAUACAUGAAAAGUAAAUAGGCAUUUGAAAAAUCAAAAUAUAAAAAUGAAAUCAUAAUGAAUUUUAGGUAUAUAUUGUCAUAAGAAUAAUUAAUUAUUUAUUAAAUGUGUAGAUUCAAAUCCCAUAUUGAGUGUAAUUUGUAAUAAUGUCAGCCCUCUUUUGAAUUAUGGGUCUGUCAUAACAAUCUAUGAUUUUUUAUAAAACACGUGAUAUGAUUCUGUACAUUAACCAGACAAUUAUUUUAGCUAAAAAGUGCAUUCUUGUAAAUAACUGUAAUUUAUUUAUGUAUGAGAUUUUCCUUCUCGAUAUAUACAUAAAUAUAUAUGUAUGUAUGUAUGUAUGUAUGUAUGUAU